AGCGAGAAAAGCAGGGAAUUAGGCUGCUUAAAAUCCCAGCCUCCAAGGAUCAAUUACUGUGUUAACUGAAACCCUUCACUACUAAUGAAGAGACAACGACCUCAAGUACCUCUCUCCACCACCGCCAAAUCGCCGCUGCUACCUCCUCCUACUCCACCACAAACGCUACUCAAAUCCCGCACCACCACGACCACCACCAUCCAAAUCUCCUCAAAGAAAUCCAAACGAACCAUCCUCAAACCUACCACCACCGCUGCCGUCGGAAAAACAACGAUAAGCUCCACAAAUUGGGCCCCGCUUGGCCUUAUCCAAGCGGAACUCUUUCUCCCGCUCACAUUCCCGACUGGCCAAACCUUCCGAUGGAAACAAACUGGUCCUUUUCAGUAUACCGGCACUCUUGGCCCCCACUUGAUAUCCCUCAAGAACCAUCACGAGAACGGAAACGUUUAUUACCACAUUCACCGAUCUCCUUCCGAGUCCGCAGCGAAAUCAGCUCUCCUCGAUUUCCUCAACAUAGAUAUUUCGCUGACCGAUAUGUGGGCGGAGUUCUCUGUCUCUGAUUCGCGGUUCAGCGAACUGGCGCGACAUUUGCAGGGGGCUAGGGUUUUGAGGCAGGAUCCACUCGAGUGCUUGAUUCAAUUUUUGUGUUCUUCGAAUAAUAAUAUCGCUAGGAUUACUAAAAUGGUGGAUUUUAUAUCUUCAUUAGGAGAGCAUUUGGGGAAUGUGGAGGGUUUUGACUUUCACGAGUUCCCAUCUUUGGAGCGAUUAGCUAUGAUUACUGAGCAGCAGCUUAGAGAAGCUGGGUUUGGUUACAGAGCAAAAUAUAUAACUGGCACUGUAGAUGCUCUGCAGUCAAAACCUGGUGGAGGUGCGGAAUGGCUUUCAUCUCUUCGUAAAUCGGAUCUCCAAGUGGUGGUUGAUGCUCUUUGUACUUUACCUGGAGUUGGUCCCAAAGUGGCAUCGUGCAUAGCUCUUUUCUCUCUUGAUCAGCAUCAUGCCAUUCCUGUUGAUACGCACGUGUGGCAGAUCGCUACAAGAUACCUCCUGCCUGAGCUUGCAGCUGUCCGCCUGACACCCAAGUUAUGCAGCCGAGUGGCAGAUGCAUUUGUAAGCAAAUAUGGGAAAUAUGCAGGAUGGGCACAAACUCUUCUUUUUAUUGCUGAGUUGCCCUCACAAAAAACUCUUUUACCUUCCCAUUUUUGGACUAUCAAUGAGAAGAAAUCUGCUACUAAGAAAGGUUGUUAAGUGGACAGUGAACAGAGCCGUAGCUCUCAAGAUCUCCAAGCAAGCGAAGAUUCUGGAAAGUAAUCUGUGGUGGCACUUGCACUACUUGUUGGAGCCUUGGAGGGCGAUAUCUGAACCACACAUAAUUUCAGGUUGGUUCUGUAAACCGGCAUAUUUAGAAGGAUAGCUCUCCCCCUUAUCAUAUUCUUGGCUUUUCAGUUUGUAUCUUUAUUUUCUCUUGUAAAUUGAAGUCAAACUCUGUGAUUAAAUGAUUACAAAGUUAUACAGAAUCCAUUGAAAUACUAAAAAAGAAAAUCUUAUUCUUGUA